AUAGAGGCAGAACUCACAGAGGUAAAGAGAGAAGUAAAACAGUGUGAGCGGCUGAUUUCAAUUUCAGUUGUGUUGGUCAGGCUACAGCCACACACUCACACUCAGUCAGAGGCGUUAGAUGUUCUCGGAUGUUUGUUGGAUGUUAUUUGACCCGACAUGGAGCUGCUGCCCUCCCUGCUGUCCACCCUGAGGUCUGCUGAUCCCAACACCCUGGAUCACGAGUACAACAUGGUGCGUUCACAGACAGCUGAUUUUAAAAGAGAUCUGGGUCUGACCACCCAAAUCGGAGCUCUGAAGGAAAACAUCAAGAAGAACAGAUACAAAGACAUCCUGCCGUAUGAUCAGUCUCGUGUGGUGUUGUCUAUGCUGACCUCAGACUCUGACUGUGACUACAUCAACGCCAGCUUCAUCAAGGGGGCGUCAUCAGACUGCAGGUACAUCGCUGCUCAGGCUCCUCUCAGCUCCACUGUGAGCGACUUCUGGAGGCUGAUCUGGCAGAACAACGUCAAGGUGAUAGUCAUGGCCUGCAGAGAGGUAGAGAUGGGAAAGAAAAAGUGUGAGUGUUACUGGGCUGCAGAUCAAAACUCGGCGUCUUUUGGACCGUUCACCAUCUACAAUCAGGGGGAGUCUCAUCCUAAUGAAGACCUGGUGAUGAGAAACCUGACAGUCACCUACCAGCAGGACUCCCGUUCUGUGGUUCAGUAUCAGUUCCUCUCCUGGCCCGAUCACGAUGUUCCCUACGAGGCGGCGGGAGUCCUGGACCUGCUGGAGAGAGCGAGAAGCAGCCAAGGAUCACACACCUCUCCUCUGCUCAUACACUGCAGCGCGGGGUGUGGGAGGACAGGAGUCAUCUGUGCUCUCGACUACAUCCAUGACCUGCUGGUUACCGGGCAGAUCUCUGCAGACUUCAACAUCAUGAAGAUCGUCCUGGAGCUCAGGAGACAGAGACCGUCAGCUGUACAGACGAAAGAACAGUAUCAGUUCAUCUUCACCGCCGUCAUUGUUCUUUUUGAACGAGUCCUCCGAUCAGCCAGCUCUUCGCUCUACUGCAACCUGCCCCAGGUGUCUAAGAAACAAGAGAAGAAGACGAAAACACCACUUUCACCUACCAGCAGACUGUCUUUGCAGACUGCCAUGAGUGAUACAUACGCUGUCGUCAACAAACCCAAACAGUCCCAGCCGCCAUCAACAAGCCCCGCCUACGCUGUCGUGAACAAACCUAAAGUCAGCAAUGGGAACAGGACCGUCCCACUGACGCAUCACUAUGACAACGACAGCGGAGCGUCGGCAGCUCCGGUCUACAGCGCUGUUAAACCCCGGACUAAACCGGAGAGC